AACAGCAGCAGUUAUAGGGAGACAGCCAGACAGAGACAGCUACAUGUGGGGGUUAUUAGUUAUAGGGAGACAGCCAGAGACGCCUACAGGUGGGGGUUAUUAGUUAUAGGGAGACAGACAGAGACGCCUACAGGUGGGGGUUAUUAGUUAUAGGAAGACAGCCAGAGACACCUACAGGUGGGGUUAUUAGUUAUAGGGAGACAGCCAGAGACAGGGUGAGUGGCACCAGAGAGACAGCCAGCCACAGGCAGGGUGAGUAACAGCAGCAGUUACAGGGAGACAGCCAGACAGAGACAGCUACAUGUGGGGGUUAUUAGUUAUAGGGAGACAGACAGAGACUGGGUGAGUGUCACCAGAGAGACGGCCAGAGACACCUACAGGUGUGUGGUACCAGUUAUAGGGAGACAGACAGACACCUACAGGUGGGUGUUAUUAGUUAUAGGGAGACAGACAGAGACAGGGUAAGUGGUACCAGAGAGACAGCCAGCCACAGGCAGGGUGAGUAACUGCAGCAGUUACAGGGAGACAGCCAGAGACAGCUACAGGCAGGAAGGGGUAAGUGGCAGCAGGGCAGACCUCCCAGGAGACAGCUGAAAGACCAGCUAGUGAUUCUGGGAAAUGUGGCCCUGAAUCAGCUGAAGAGCUACUGAAUAAAGCGGCCUGGGGAAUAAAUGGUUAAUAGAGAUCCAGUUCACCUGAGGGCGGCAGGAAAGAGCCAGUCUGCUCAGGAAUUAGUAUUAUUAUAUUGUCCGUUCCUUCUCCGUCAGUCUGUCUGUCUGGCCUAGAAUGACGCCUGUAUGAACCACCAUUCUCCCUCCCUAUCCUGGACCUGUAGCUCCCCUGGGCAUCAGUCCCAUUCUGAAGGGCAAGUCUGGUUCCUGGGUAAUGGAGUGAGUCUGGACCAAUGGCCUACGCAUCAAUCGCCUUCCGUCUGGAAUCCUUUAGCUGUACUGGUUCCGAUCCAUAGAGACCUCUGCUCAGCACCGGCCCUGCAUAUUCACUGAGCAGCAAGAGGGAUAUUGCGACGAAUCCCGCCAUGGUUGAUUAUUACGAUAUCCUCGGGGUUCCCCGAAAUGCCUCUCAGGACGACAUCAAACGAGCGUAUCGGAAACUGGCGCUGCGCUGGCACCCAGACAAGAACCCCGACAACAAGGAACACGCGGAGAGGAAAUUUAAAGACAUAGCAGAAGCCUAUGAAGUUUUAUCAGACGGAGAAAAGCGAGAGGCGUACGACAACAUGACUUCGGGUUUCUCUGACCCAGGAGCAUUUAGGGCCACGAGGGUCCAAAGACCUUUCGAUUUUGGAUUCCAGUUCCGUAGUCCAGAAGACGUGUUCCGGGACUUUUUUGGCGGGAAAGACCCCUUCCCCCACAUGAUUGGUGAUGACGUCUUUAUGUUCCCAAAUCACCCCCAUGGUGUUACCCAUCAUGCCAAUUCCGUGCCCAUGUUUCCAUCUUCUUUUCACUUUGGCAACGAAUUCUCCUUUCACAGUGGAGGCCUUGGGGGGUCGAGGAAUUUUUGCUCAGUGUCUACGUCAACCAAGUUUGUUAAUGGCAAGAGAAUAACAACUAAAAGGAUCAUGGAGAACGAUGUAGAACGUAUAGAAGUAGAAGAGGAUGGGGAGCUGAAGUCCAUCUUGGUUAAUGGCGUUGAGGAUGAUUUGGCUCUGGCAGUUGAGCUGAGCAAGAGAGAGCAGGCCUCUGUGCCCAGAGCCAGCGCCAGGACCGACGGCCCGUCGUACAAUAUCCAGCAGCGUUCCCCACCUGGUACACCUGUGGUGCAGGACAGAGAUGAUGAAGAUGAAGAGCUUCAGCUCGCUAUGGCCUGCAGCCUGUCUGAGUUUGAGCAAUCCAGACAGCACCCAGAAGGUGUGCGGAGUAAGAAGCAACUGGGGAAAGAUUCAGGGGCGAAGCAGCAAGCCAAAGGGCAAUGUGGCUACAAGCCAACCCUGCAGGAAGGGGACCACCAAGGGAAGCUGGGGUCAGGAAUGCAGGGGGGCUAUCAGGGGGCAGCUGAGCAGAUAACUGGUGAGGGAGCUGGGGGCAGAAAGGAGAGCAGUAGGGCUGAGUCUGGGGACAAAGACAACCCCAAACCUAGCAAAUGCAGAUGCUGCAUCUUCUGAUGGGUUGUGCUUAGCUCUGCCCCUGCCUGGAGGCACUGGGGUACUGCACAUAAAGCCCUACUUUAUGCUCACAUGUGCCGGUGCCACAGGGGGUAGCGCACUGCAUGCCCUAAUCUGCCGCCCCUGUCUGGUCUGAAGCUUCCCACAGCGCUCUGACAAUAUCCUUGUGCUUUAUAUAUACCUCAGGUAUGCCUUAUCUGGAUACCGCUUACACAUAUUGCGGUGGUAUUUAGUCACACCCCCCCACUACAGAUUAAUGUAUUGCUGGUAGCUGGCAAUGUACAGAGUAUUUUGAUUGGCUAAGGCCUGCACUAUUCGCUUGCUUGCACCAUGGCUUUGUCAUUUUGAACUUAU